AUAAUCAGAUGCUUCGUCACGUUUCACUCGAGAGACGAGAGCAUUGAUUCUUGCAUUGAAUUUUUUAUUUAUUUUUUUAUUUUUUAUAGAGUCAAACAAUAAUAAUAAUUACGAUUAGGAUUACAACAAAAGACGCUUCACAACUUUAUCCACGACAGAUAAAAUCUCGCAAAAACUAUGGUGGUUAGUUGUUCAGCUUGUGGUGAACAAUACGGAGUGACGGAAGACGUAACUUUUCACAAAUUUCCUGCCAACGAAGAGCGCAGAAAUAAGUGGCGGAAUGCUGUGCAGCGUGAAGCAUGGACCCCUGGGAAGAGGAGCAUGUUAUGCAGUAAACAUUUUUCUCCUGACAAGUUUGUGUACAAGGUUUCUGGAGAUAAGGUACGAAGGUACUUGAUGCCAGAUACAAUUCCAACCAUCUUUGAUAGGACUGACAAGAAAUUCAAAAGCGCGACUUCAUUGCGUUUCAAUCAGAGAAUUGGAACCUCAAGUUCAGAUGUAAACAGUUCAGCAAAUGUCAUGGCUAUGGAGCCAGAACUAGGUCAGUCAGAUACUGAUGCUCAAGUUGGACAAUUAGUUUGCAAUUCAUCUGCAAACUUGAAUCUUGAAAUUUUAGCUUCCACAUCUGUCACACUAGAACCUUACAUGAUUGCGACAAAGCCACAAUUUAUCCAGAUGGAUAAAAAUACUCCUUACAUAUUUUCCAAAUCGCUUGAAAUUCCGACUACAACAUCGAUCAUUACUGCAAGUACUAGUUCUAGCACCCCAGCACAAAAAGCUCACAAUCAGAGUCAGUCCGACAGACAAUUACAUUUUCCACGACCAGCUAAAAGAGUCUACAAUACGGAGUCAAUACAAACUGACUUAACUUCACUUCCAAAACAGCCUCGCCUAGUUUACCCUGGAGACUUUAAACAAUUCAAAUGCAAUGAUGUGAAGCAGGAUUCCAAGAGCUGGAUCGUUGUGAACAAUUAUAUUAAAAAAAUGAGAAGGAACAUGAAGGUGCUGCAACAGCGCAAUAGAAGACUGGAGAAGCGAGUAACAGAUCUCAAGACUGUUGUGAAGUUUUUGAAAAACAGGAUCGUGACAAGAGAUUCUGCAGCCAUUCGAUUGUGUGGGCACUCAGACUCAUCUGAAAAAAGAGACUGUUUGCCUCAAAAUCAGUCAAACCAAGUGGCGCAUUUUUUGGGAGAUCACGAUUAUGUCGCCAGCAAAAACUGGUCCAUCUUGUAAUAUCCUGAGAAGGCUGUGGCGUACAUUGCUGGAUUUAUUAUUGUACCACUUGUCUGGAUCUACUCACUGGAAGAACGUCUAUGUCCUUACUUCCUGAG